GUCCCAACAUCAAAAUCAACCUUCCGAACCCUAACCCAGAAUCCUUUCCUUCACAAUCUUUCUCUCUCUCUCUCUGGUUUUAUUACCGUUACCCAUUUCUUAGACCAAUACUUCUUCAAUUUCUCCCAGUUAAAAAAGUAUAAAAGCUUCGGUUUUUAAGUGGGUUAUCGAGAUUAUUUUUGUGGAUUUUCGCAAUGGACGUAGAGAAAUCUUUCACCUCUGAUUUGGGGGUUUUGCAGAGAAAGAUGGCUUCUUUUGCUGGAGUUGUGGCUUUUGAAACCUUUUUGGCUGCUCAGAUUUCUCUUGCUUGCCUCGUCAUGACGACAGGAUUUCUACUUCACGAUGCACAUACAUUGGCAAGUGUGAUUGGAAGUGAUCGAAGGUUUCCUUUUGCUGAGCUUCACAAGAAGGGCACAGCUGAAGCUGAGGCGAAGGAUGGCAGUGACACAGAAGAUGACGAUGAAGACGACAAUGAUGCAGAGGAGCCCGAUGAUGAAGAUGGUGGAGAUGAAGAUUUCUCUGGUGAUGAAGGUGGAGAUGACGAUGAUGAUGAUGAAGGAGAUGCUGGGGAACCUGAGGCAAAUGGCAAUAAAGGCAGUGAUGAUGAUGAUGAUGAUGACGACGAAGAUGACGAUGACGACGACGACGACGAUGAUGAUGAAGAAGAGGACGAUGAAGAUGAUGAUGAUGAGGAAGAACAACCACCAGCUAAGAAGAGAAAGUAAAAGGGGGUAGAUCUUCCUCUUAAGAUGUUUGAUUAUGAGGUAUGCCCAAGAGUAUGUAGUAGGGAGGGUUUAACAUUUUAGUUUGGUUUUUGUGCCAUUUCAAUUGUAGGGUAUUUAACCAUCUAAAACCCUUGUUUCCAAUGGUUAUCAUGCCUUUUUAUGCAAAAUCUGAGGUGGGAUUUGUGUAACUCAAGUUACUGUCAAA